AUGGGACUAAAGACCAAAACAGGACUCUCACAGUCACCACCCCCACCAAAGAAUCCACUGAAAAAGACCAACAGAAGAUCGAUCAUGCCAGUGCCCUUCUCUUGUCCAGAUCAUAAACGCUUCAGCAAGCCUAAAUUGUCACAGACUGACUUCACCAUUUGCCAUUAUGCUGGUGAUGUCACUUACCAAACUGAUUUCUUUCUGGAUAAGAACAAAGACUAUGUUGUAGCAGAGCAUGAAGCACUCCUGAGUGCUUCAAUUUGCUCCUUUGUGUCAGGCUUGUUCCCACCCUUGCCUGAAGAAUCUUCUAAAACGUCAAAGUUCUCAUCAAUAGCUUCUCGUUUUAAGCAACAACUACAAGUGUUGCUUGAGACACUUAGUUCCUCAGAGCCACAUUACAUUGGUUGUGUAAAGCCAAAUAAUUCUCUGAAGCCAGGUAUAUUUGAGAGUCAGAAUGUACUGAAUCAGCUUCGAUGUGGGGGAGUCAUGGAGGCAAUUAGGAUAAGUUGUGCUGGAUAUCCCACUAGGAAAACAUUUGAUGAAUUCAUAGGUCGAUUUGGUAUUCUUGCACCUGAUGUUUUGAAUGGAAGGUAG